AUGGAGCCCAACGCAGCGGAAGUGAAAGAGUCGAAGUCAUCAGCGCGUCCAGUCCAACAGUCCGAAGCUAGCAGUCGCAUAAAGCGCUACGAAAACGGGCUUCUCAACCUAGAGAAAACGCCUUCUCAUCUUAUUGCCAUCGUCAAGAAGAACGCCGACUCACCUCUUCUACGCCUCCCCGCCGAGAUUCGAAUCCAAAUCUGGAGUUUCGCAUGUGGUGGACAACUGGUGGUCUUACGCAGCAGACUGUCUCGUACUGGCAAAGGUGGAGCCGUAUAUUGCCAAAAGGAUGAAGACCUGAUCAAGACUGCCAAAACUCUUCAAGGUUUCUGCAACCAUACCCAAAAUUUCACUCGCAUGUCCUCGGCUUUUCACUUGCCCGAAGUGUGUCGCCAGAUCUACUCUGAGACUGUGUUGACCUCGUAUAGAGAGAAUAUCUUUGUCUGGGAUUUCUCUAUGUUUAGCAACAAACGUCCGAUGUCCCAGUUGAUGCCUGUUCAGAGGAGAUCAAUUCAGACCUUGCAGCCAGAUCGUCGAGCACUGCACUGGAUGAUGGAUCGUGGCAGGAAACUUUUCGGGAACAAUAUGUUGAAGGUGUUACCAAACCUUCGCACUCUUCGCAUCGACUCCUUCGCUUUGAAGUACGUACAACUCUUCUUCAUCACCCAUCACUUGGAUGAAAAACAAAUGCGGCUCUGGAAUCAAGAGGAGUGGCAGGAUAACGUAGCCAAGCAACUCGCGUCGCUGACGGAGGCUGGUGUCAAGAUACUGUUCGAAGACUGA